CACUUGCACAAGAUAAGGAAACAAUGUCUGUGUCAGCGAUCUUUGGUACCGGAAUCGUCACCGUCGCUGCUUCUCCGGUUCUCCGCCAAUUUCAAGUUCCGAAAUUGGGUAAUGGAGGAGGAUUAGGGAUGGUGAUUGAGUGCUCGUCGAGGCCACAGAAGAAAUCGACUGCGCAUCACAGGAAGUCGAGGCCGAAGAAGACUCAGCCUUGGGACAUUAAGAGAAAGCCUACUGUUUACGCUCCUCUUCCUCCUCUUCCGGCGGAAUGGACUCCGUAUACUCUGGCUUCUGACGACGGUGGUGCCGCUGUUGCUGCUUCUCCUGCCGGAGAUUUGGUUUCAGGCGCUGCCUAGUUGGUAUGAGUUAUCUGGUGGUAUGGUUGUAAUCUAGUUUGAGAGCUUUUGUUGUUUCUGUUAAUGUUUUUCAGUUUUCUGAUGUUUGUUGUAUGGUUUGUGUUUGAUUGGUGAAUGAAUGGACCAAAUUUGC